UUCAUUUCUUCCUCCGCCUUCAGUCUCCUCCUAUCCACCUCUAGCCUUGCGCGACCUGCCCACGCUCGCCGGCCAUGCCGCCGCCACUCUCCUUCCUCCACCCACCUCCCAACCCGCCUGUCCUCCACCCCUCCCCCUUCCACCAGCGUGCCCCCCACCGCCUAUCCCUCCGCGCCGACCCCCCAUUCCGAGCGGCGACGGUGGCGGCGGCAGCGGCAGCGGCCGAGAACCCGUACUCGGCGGCGCCCACUGCGGCGGACGUCGAGAUGUUCCGCGGCGGGGACGGCGUGUGGACGGCGCGGAGCCCGACGGUGGUGGUGCUGUGGGACCUCGAUAACAAGCCCCCGCGCGGGCCGCCCUUCGAGGCGGCCACCUCCCUCCGCGAGGCGGCGUCCCUCCUCGGCCGCGUCGACUCCGUCUCCGCCUUCGCCAACCGCCACGCCUUCACCCACCUCCCCGCCUGGGUCUCCGCCGACCGCCGCGAGCGCCGCGCCCUCGACCGCGCCGAGCGCACGGGCGCCGCCGCCCCGCCCGUCCCCUACUCCUGCGCCGUCUGCGGCCGCCGCUUCCCCACCCGCCCCGACCUCGCCCGCCACUUCCGCCAGCUCCACGAGCGCGAGCGCAACAAGAAGCUCGGCCGCCUCCGCUCCCUCAAGGGCAAGAAGCGCCAGAAGUUCCGCGAGCGCUACAUCUCCAACAACACCAAGUACCAGGACGCCGCGCGGGAGCUCCUCACCCCCAAGGUCGGCUACGGGCUCGAUUCCGAGCUCCGCCGCGCCGGCGUCCAUGUCCGCACUGUCCCGGACAAGCCGCAGGCUGCCGACCAGGCGCUCAAACGCCAGGUGAAGCACGCCAUCGCCUGCGGCGUCGACUGGGUCGUGCUCGUCUCCGAUGACUCCGACUUCACCGACACGGUGCGUAACGCACGCGCUGCCGCCCUGAGGAUGGUUGUGGUUGGGGAUGGGUGUCGCGCGCUCGGAAAGGUUGCUGAUAUUUGGCUGCCUUGGGACAGCGUGCAAAAUGGGGAGGUUGAUGAGGAGAUGAUGCGGAGUGGGAAGGUUCCAGAGUUUAGAUAUGAAGAGGACGAUGAGCAAGAUGAUGACGAGUUCAUAGUGGAUUGGGAUACAAAUGAAUUGGAUGAUGUUAUUGAUGAUAUUGUUACAAGCAGGACUAAAGUGUUUGGUUCUACAACAAUGUCUGCAUUUGCCGAAGAGGACAUUGUUGAUGGUAUAUUGGGGCUUCGACAUAAGGAGGAUGACAUGCUUUGGAGUAGCGACGACGAGGACGAGGAUGGUUAUCUGUGAGAUUUACACGGAUUGGCAGGUUCAUACCAAUAUUCUUCUGAAUGUUAGGACCAACAUAUGGCCAAGUAGUUAAGUCAUUAUCAUCGAUUCAGUCACACUGCUCAAUUUCACGAACUUGGCAAUAUGGCAAUUCUCAGACUUGCUAGGCGGCAGGUUUUGUGAGGCGCUACGAGGGAAGUCUCCAUACUGCAAUGAUCAACUGAUCAACAAGACAAUACCACUGGCUUGUGUUCUUGAAUUCUUGUCAUCUCUACGUGCACUACUUCAGGAUCCAAAGCUUGAUUGCUUUCCUCAGUGCCGCUCUGCACACAAGUAACCAGUAAUUUCAGUAUCUCUUGUUUCUUCACUUCAGAGCCACUUCUGUUUGGUCUUGGAUGAUCAUUCAUCCACGUUAAUAAAGAGAACAUCAUCACCCAACCUUCUUCAGGUGGUAUCCAUUUCUCUGGCAAGUAAGCUGUACCUGUAACUUAACCCCUCGCUAAUCUGUUGACAUGAACAUCAUAGCUUCAGCUGUCCUUUUUUGUCAGUUCCAUAAUGUCACCUCCAUAAGCAACAUUGCAUGUUCACCACAUUUUAUAUCAUCACCAUUGUUCAGCCUCUAAGUUUCCCUAUGCAGUUGUUUCGAACCAAUAUCAUCUGCUAGGCCUUUUGUUAGUUUUCUGUAGUUGGUAUCCUUGAUUUCUUUAACUAUUUUACCAAAUCUCUGUAGGAUAAGCAGCAUCUUGAAUUAUUAAUACUAACCCAGAUUGGGGCACUGAACUCCUGUUUUAAUGUUCCUGUCCUGCCUAUAAAGAAUUUCCCAUAAGGCCACCUCUUGAGAAAAAUGAACAGGGGAAAAUGUAGUGGGAUGUUUGGGGCACUAUAAGUCAACAAGGGUUGGUAACUCAUUACUGGGGGAAACUUUGCACAAAGUUUCAUUACGAUUAAUGGUGGCUUCAAGAUUUCUUGUAGGCAUCAUAAGUCAUUCAGUCUUAUAGCUCUUCAUUAUCUGCAUGCGGUCUUUUUCUUUUCCUCUCAGGUGCUCGUUUUGUCUGGUCCUUCAGUUUAAUGUUUUUAUUUAGCAGCCGUUAUUAUUGGCAAGAACCUAUGGAAUCUAUGUUUGGGCUCAUAACGGUUAGAUUGUUUGGGCUCAUAACACAUUAAAAUUUGCUCCUGCUAUUCAGCUAGAGCCUUGAGCAUUAUACAAGGAUGAACUGUAGGGGCAGCCCAUUACCUUCUGGGUGGAAUUGUCACAACAUGGGCAUCCUUGCUGAUUUUUGGGCACACAUACUUAUCCUCGAUUGGAUAAGUGCUGUACUGGAAAGCAGGUUGGCAAUAUGUGUCCUGCUUGUGUUUUGGGGAAAAUGGCUAACUUGAGGUACAAAUUUUGCAGCAUACUGGAACCCUUGGAUCAGGGGCCUUUGGUUCAAGAAGUUACAAAUUCCAUUUGAGAAACAGAUCCCAAAAGACCACUGAAUUCAAAUCAGCAGAACAGCUCUCGCCUGACAUUCAAGAUGCACUUUGGAUAACAAACAUGCCCCUAGGGCAGUAGCUGGAAGCGAAAGAGAGAACCUCAUAGUUGGAUAAAGUCUUAACCAGGACAGAAGUGCACCCUUGAGGCAGUCCGAAGGAACCAAGAUGAGCGGACAGGCGCUCAGUUGCAAAGAUGAUACUUGAAGAGUGUCUGAAGGCUUGCAAUGGCAUGUCCUGCAAAGGGUGGGUGGCAAUGUGGCAUGGUGUGAUGAGAACAUUGCUAAAAAUGUGGAUGCACUGUCAUGAAUGUGUGCCUUGAAGAUUAACCUGAAACUGUUAAUGCCGUGGGUCAAAGACAAGCUGCCUGCCUGCCUGCCUGCCUGCUGUUUACAGACAUGCUCUAUGUUCUCUCUGUUCUUUCUGCGUUAUACACGUGCUGUAAGUUUCUGAGGAAAGAUGGCCUAGUGACCAGUGGCUGUGCUCAUGAGAACCGAGCAGGUUUGGGCAGCCUGAAGCAGCAGUGGAAAAAAAGAAGGAAAAUCAUGAUCUUCCAGGGGUUGAUUGACUUGAGUUCCAGCCUUCCAGGGGUUCUUACCCAUUAGGGCCACGGUGCAAGCAAAGCCUGGAACUGGAAGGCGUCGAGCCAGCGGUACCGGCCAAUCGCUAGUGGGACGUUGCUAGUACCAGCACAAAGAGGAUACGGCGUCCUGGGUAAUGGGAAUGAUUAGUCCAUUUUUGCAGCUGUAGGAGAACAUACACCAUGAGCAGUACGAGAAUCCAGCGCCUGACGGUGCACCUGACC